UGGCACAUAACUAGUACUGUAGUAAUGGAGUCGUUGAGGUCGAGCCUCACCUACCCUCUCUGAACUCUGAUUCUCUCUACGCAACGCAACCCCACAACGCUUCCACUUUCCUUUGUUUGUUUGUUGAUUUCCGAAAUUUACUUGGCUUCCAAAAUCUAAGUUCUGUCAUUUUUCGUUUUCUUUCUAUUCACCAUUUUGCUGUCUGUGAUUGCGUGAAGAGCUUUCAUGGAAGGGUUGGUGAGUUCUGGGAUCAACCCAGUUCCUAUUUUUGGUGUUAGAAACCAAAGAUCUUGUCUUUUCUCUGCAUCCACGCUGCAUCUGAGGAAGGGUCAGCGUGGGAUUCGAAUUGGGAUGGUGAAGAAGCAGUGUUCUUCCUCUGUUGGGGGAUCCCAAGUUGGCCAUUUCGAGAACACGCUUGCUUCCAAAGAAACUCUUGAGAUUUGGAGAAAUAGUGAUGCUGUGUGCUUUGAUGUGGAUAGCACUGUGUGUUUGGAUGAAGGUAUUGAUGAGCUUGCUGAAUUCUGUGGAGCUGGGAAGGCUGUUGCAGAAUGGACUGCUAGAGCAAUGGGUGGUUCUGUUCCGUUUGAGGAAGCCUUGGCUGCUAGAUUGUCUUUGUUCAAGCCCUCUUUAUCUCAGCUUCAGAAUUUUCUUCAUCAAAACCCCCCGAGGCUUUCCCCUGGCGUUGAAGAGUUAGUCCAGAAGCUAAAACCUAUGUACGCAACUUCUUCGGAAUCAGAUUCUCAAAUUUCAUUUGCGCCAUCCUCUAUUGUUGACAUGGAAGAUGAGGCAAAAAUGUUGGUGGAUGAUUUGGUACCAUCUGCGCAGAAACCAAGGGAAGUAGACGUUACAAAAGAUGAAAACUUUGGCCACAUGAAGUCCUCAGAGUUUCUUACAGUCAAAUCUUCAACUCCGCUUCCUACAGGAGUACAAAGCAUUAUCCCCUAUAAUUCAAAAGCCCCCAAUGUUAUUUUGGAGAAACUGGAGAGGUUAGAAUUGCUUAAAGAUAGUGAUGGUGCUCAUGAGAUAUUUGUUGAAGGAGAUGAUGAAAAAAUAGUUCGAAGUUGUAGUAAUGGUGUUGUUCGUUUGGUUGGUUUGCAUAUUGAAGCCUUUUAUUUAGAAGAGAACUUGUGGUCAAGUUCUUUGGAAGAAGAGGAGAAUGUAAAGACAUCAGAGGCACUUGGUUGUGACGCAUUCAUGCGGACAUCAGAUAGUUCUACACAAAUUUGGUACGACUUCCGCUGCAUCAUAAAGGCUAAUAACAUUCAUGUUUAUCUGAUCUCUGGUGGCUUCCGUCAAAUGAUCAAUCCUGUUGCAUCAAUACUUGGGAUUCCACAAGAGAAUAUUUUUGCCAAUCAACUACUUUUUGGAAGAACUGGAGAGUUUCUGGGGUUUGAUGAAAAUGAGCCUACUUCAAGGAGUGGAGGAAAAGCUUCUGCAGUCCAACAAAUAAAAAAGGUUAGCCAUGAACUAGCUUGUUAUUUUUUUAACUGAUUGUAUUAUUUGUUA